UAGGUGCCUACUACCUGGUGUAUUGUGUAUCUUUAUGAGUUAUUCUCAUUUCUUUUGUCUCCUUUGAUUAUUGCACGCAGUUAGUUUCGUCUAUUUGGUAUAUUAAGUAUUAAAACAUGUUGAAAUUGUGUAAUCAACCAAAUUUUAAACCAUGUAAUCAAAAGUAUGUCAAGAAUACGUUUUUUGGUGGCAAUGCUCAAAUCGGCAAGCCUAUUCACAAUACGCCAUCAGUAAAAUAUCCUCAAGUUGCAUCUCUCAAGCUGCCUACCAAUGUUGUUAACAUAAAUGAAGCUGAAAUGGCUAGAUUUUCUCCUUUAAGGGAAAGAGAUUUAUUAGGACCUGUCAUAAAUGCUUAUAACAUAAAGCAUGAGAGGCCCGUAUUUGAUAUAACUCUACAGUAUGAUCCACAUAUUAAUAAAUAUGACUGCAGAGGUGCUGUUAGUUUGUCAUCAUCCAUGCAGAGUAAUGUUCCAAGUCCAUUUAGCGGCAACCACACUCAUUUGAACAUGCCAGGAUCACAGUGGGGUCAAGGGUAUAAGUAUUUAUCGGACCACCUGCAGAAUGCUCAUUACCUCACUUUAAGAAAUGAAUAUCGUGGAAAAUUGUACAAUAAAGUUAUAACAAUUGGAGCAAGGAACAUGAGCACAGAAAACAGUCCUACAUUGAGUGCUAAAGAAAAAUUAAAAAAAGCUGUCAAAGAUUAUGGUUCAACCGUUAUAGUAUUUCAUGUAACAAUAUCUCUUCUGUCUCUGGGUGGAUGUUACAUCCUUGUUUCUAGUGGAGUAGACGUAAUGGCAAUACUGAAGUAUUUUAAUAUUGGUGAAGGAGCACUCCUAAAUGCAGUUACAUCAAAUGCAGGAACUUUUGUUAUAGCAUAUGGAGUCCAUAAAAUAUUUGCACCUGCAAGAAUAGCUAUGACAUUAACAGCGACCCCAUUUAUUGUUCGUUAUUUGAGAAAUAUUGGUUUUUUAAAGCGCAAUAAUGGAAUAGGUGGUGGGAAAUAAAACUAUUUAUGAAGAA